AUGUCACAGCAGGCACCUAUCCCUCCGAUGAACAAGGCGUUACCGGGCAUUGCAGUCCCUUUGCCGCUCAUUACCACUUCACCACCGGUGCGCGAGCUAGAAAGUUCUCUCCGUCGCUCACUCGAACUCCGCAUCCAGUCAAUACCCGACCCUCAUACCGCUUCAACAGGCGCAAAGCUCGCAAUCCUUUUUUCGGGGGGAUUGGAUUGCACAAUUCUAGCGAGACUGGCGCAUGAUUUGCUACCAAGCGAUGAGCCUAUUGACCUUCUAAACGUUGCAUUCGAGAAUCCUCGAGUAGCUGCAAAUUCCCCAAAGAACGACAGCCCUAAUUCAAUCUACGAGGACUGCCCAGACCGUAAGACAGGGCGAUCCUCGUACGAAGAACUGUGUCGGGUUUGCCCUACCCGCUUAUGGCGGCUUGUUUGCAUCAAUAUUCCUUAUACGGAGACAACACAACACCGAGAGACGAUCCGACGCCUGAUGCGCCCCCAUAACACAGAAAUGGAUUUGUCGAUCGCAUGUGCGCUAUAUUUCGCGUCACGCGGUAUUGGAGAAAUGACAAACAGCAAUAGCGAGGGAGGCGCAGUUCCCUUCACAACCACCGCCCGAGUCCUCCUUUCAGGCCUUGGCGCAGAUGAAGUUUUCGCGGGAUAUCAGCGGCAUGCUCUUGCGUUUGCGCGCCAAGGCUUCAAAGGCUUGGUUGAUGAAAUCGAUCUUGACGUAGGCCGGCUGGGGAAAAGGAAUUUGGGACGCGAUGAUCGCGUCAUUUCGAAUUGGGGCCGCGAAGCGAGAUACCCUUAUCUUGAUGAGGAGUUUCUUACACGGGCCCUUCAGCGACCCGUCUGGGAGAAAUGUGGCUUUGGCAUACCAUCCGGUCUCGCGGAUGAGAAUCCUCCGUUGGAGCCGGAUAUUGAGCCAGGGAAAAAGGCACUACGCUUGGUGGCAUGGAAUCUGGGGUUGAAAAAGGUGGCCCGAGAGAAGAAAAGAGCGAUCCAAUUCGGGUCUAGAACUGCAAAGAUGGAAAGCGGUAGGAGUAAGGGGACUCAAAUUCUUUCGUGA